AUGGAACGAACUGCUUGUCGAGGUAUCUACGGAUACUGUUUACGCAGUAAGGGGGUUAUCGACUUCCAGGUCCAGGUCUCGAGGUCUGAGCCGGGUGGGCGAGAAGGAGACUUUUCGUCCGGUUUCUCACCCCGGAAAGGACGGAGAGAAGUUUUCUUGUUCCAGGCCAUUGUCGACAAACCCUCUCUCAGUGUUGUACGAAGGUAUGUGGGAGUGUAUGAUCUCAUGCGGCAGCACCGAAAAAGAAAGGGGUGGACGGUGACGGGUGGCUUGGGGAACAGAAACGCAGGACAAGCCUCCAGGGGCCAGGGCGGAGAGGGAAAAGGGAACGGCUUGGGCAAUCCCCGUAUCCCGGAGUGCGAAGACGGCCCAGAGAUUCUCUCCCAGGUACGGAUACGUCACGCAGGGAGAUCCCAUCCCCGGGGAAAGGCAGCGCCGUUUCAGGAUGUUGGUCUUGGUCGUGGUUCACUCGUUCAGCUCCGUUCUGGCUGGGGUCUGCAGCUUUGCAGGUUCGUGUGGAGUUCGAAGACUUCCAAGAGAGAGAGAGAUUGA